AUGGUACGAGCGGGAAAGCGCCAAAACACUCAACCCCUGGAGGAGACCUCCGUGGCUCCCGCAACAUUCACAGACGGGCUCCCUCUCCCUAAACUGAUCGCAUUCGACCUGGACUACACACUAUGGCCAUUCUGGGUCGACACGCACGUCAGCGCACCCGUCAAAGCGCGCGACAACAAUUCCCGUAUCGUUGACCGAUGGGGUGAAUCCUUCGCAUUCUACCCAGCAGUAUCUUCAAUUAUCUACGCCUGUAAAAGCCGCUCAAUUCCCAUGGCCCUAGCCUCACGAACCCACACCCCCGAUCUAGCCCGCGAUCUCCUCAAAGCACUGCACGUUAUCCCAAACUUCUCCGACAACCCUGGAGCAAACACGCGCACGACGCGCGCAUUGGAAUACUUUGAUUUCAUCCAGAUUUUCCCAGCGAAUAAAACGCAGCAUUUUUCGCGUAUCCAGCAGGCGAGUGGUUUUGAGUAUGAGGAGAUGUUGUUCUUUGAUGAUGAGGCGCGGAAUCGUAACGUUGAGACGGAGUUGGGGGUUACGUUCUGUUUGGUUAGGGAUGGGAUGACGAGGGAGGAGGUUGAUCGGGGAGUCUGGUUGUGGAGGAAGAGGAAUGGGAUUAAGCAGAAGGUUGAUGAGGAGUGA